AUGGAGAAACAGAAGCUUGAAGAGGACCAUGACGUGGAGGCCAUGUCAUCAUUUAUGGCUUUGGCCUUGACAUGGAGGCCAUGUCAUCCUGUAGCUUACGUCCUCUCAGUUAUUCUUCAGUACUGUAUCUGCUAUUGCAUUUGCAUACUCUAUGUAAUAAAAAAACACAGAGGAAAGUUAGUUCCAGAAGUACCGGGUGGGCUGCCAAUUAUUGGUCAUCUCCAUCUACUCGGCGCAGGCGAGAAAUCUCUCGCGAGAGCCUUGAGUGAAAUGGCCGAUAAACACGGCCCUAUCUUCUCUCUGCGGUUGGGUGUAUACCCAACAGUUAUUGUCACAGAUCAUAAAGGACUGAAAGAUUGUUUCACCAUCAACGACAAAGUUAUCGCCUUUCGUCCUCCCUCAGUUCAAGGUAAGAUCAUCGGCUACGAUAAUGCUGCUUUAGGUUUUGCUCCUUACGGUACUUACUGGCGUAACAUGCGUAAAUUAGCUACGACUGAGCUCCUGUCUAACCACAGGACUAAAAUGUUGAGUCAUAUUCAAGUUUCGGAGGUGAAUCACUUGAUCAAAGAUUUAUACUUGUGUUCUAAGAGCAAUAACAAGAUCAACAUGAGUGAAUGGAUUGAACACACUGUUUCGAAUGUGAUUAUUAGAAUGGUUGCUGGGAAGAGAUUUUUUGACGUAAAUGAUGAAAGGGGGAAUCCAAUCAAACAUGUUAUGAGGGAGUUCAUGUUUGUUGCUGGUAGUCUUGUUCCUGGAGAUUUAAUUCCGUUCAUGAAAUGGUUUGAUUUUAAGGGAAUGGUAAAAACUAUGAAGCGUGUUACGAAACAAGUAGAUGAUAUUGUCCAGAGUUGGAUUGACGAACAUAAGCAGCAGAAGAACGAACAAGGUGAACCAGAAAACGAUUUCCUCGACGUUUUGUUGUGUGUUGUUGAGGAUGAUGAGACUAUUGGAUUGAAGCGUGAAACCAUUAUCAAAGCUACAGCAACGGCUAUUAUACUUGCAGGUUCGGAUACAACUGCAAUUGGUACAAUAUGGGCUUUGUCCAACUUGUUGAACAACAGACAGGCAUUAGAGCGUGCUCAAGAAGAACUAGACAUCAAAGUAGGGAAAGAUCGACGAGUUGAAGUUUCCGAUAUAGAAAAACUGGUGUAUCUCAAUGCAGUAAUUAAAGAAACCCUGCGAUUGUAUCCACCAGGUCCACUAGGAAUUCCGCGACAGGCAGCUGAAGAUUGUUACAUCUCGGGAUACUACAUUCCGAAAGGCACUCGUAUCAUCACACAUCUAUGGAAGUUGCAUAGAGAGCCUGAUGUUUGGUCAGAUCCCGAAGAAUUCGUACCUGAGAGAUUUCUGACAAGCAAAGCACAUUUGGAUGUUACAGGUCAGAACUUUGAGUACUUGCCAUUCAGCAGGGGAAGAAGAUCUUGUCCUGGAAUCAAUUUGGCAAUGCAAGUAAUGCAUUUGAGCCUUGCGAGAUUGAUUCAGGCAUUUGAUAUGUCAACCCCAUUAAAUGAGCCGGUGGAUAUGAGAGAAGCUCCAGAAAUAGUUCUUCCGAAGCUAACUCCGCUUCAAAUCGUUCUUACCCCACGCCUUGCUCCUCAACUUUAUGAUGCACAGUAGGAAGUACACUACUGUGACGCAUAUUUGUGGCGGAAAAA